UUCUUCGCUAAGCUCCUACCUGAUCUUCCUCAGAUUUUCUGAAACCUCAUUGGUCAAGAUUUCAAGCCCUAAGAUUUCCUAUAUAAAUUCGAGUUGCAAUCUUUCUCCUCAAAUCCACUCUGCCUUAUCCUUUGAAACCUAUAUUUCUCUGUAAUAAACUAUCUUUCCUAGAUCAAUACGUGGGCUGAGGUUCUCUCGCUGGUUGUGCUUCUAUCACUGAUUGUGCUGCCUCUUCACUUCGGCGGCGGCGGCGGCGGCGGGGGCAGCUCGAGCUUCUUCUCCGGCCUGUUCAAGUUGGAGAGCAGCUUCAAUUUUUUCAGUAAAGGUUUCCAGUUCUGUAGAGUUCUGCCCUUCGGCUAAGUCGGUGAGAGGAAUGGCGGAGAUUUUUGGUGGCGAUAAGACGAAUGGUUCCGCCACGGCAGCUGCGGAGGCGUUGGCUGCUUCCGGUUCUAGUUCUAGCUGCUCCGUCUCGGAGCUCUCGCUCUCGCUGAAUUUCGUGGAUUUCCGAACUGAAGAAGAUCUACUUUCUGGGAUUAGAAAAGCAGCAGAAUCUGGAAGGUUGCCUCUGAAUGUUACUCAAGGCAUGGAGGAGUUGUAUCAGAACUACCGGAAUGCUGUUUACCAAAGUGGAGAUCCCAAAGCUCGUGAGAUUGUAUUAUCUAAUAUGGCUUUGGCAUUUGAUCGCAUCUUCAUGGAUGUCAAGGAUCCUUUUGAUUUUUCAUCUUAUCACAAAGCUAUUCGAGAACCUUUUGACUACUACAUGUUUGGUCAAAAUUAUAUCCGCCCCUUGAUUGACUUCAGGAACUCUUAUGUUGGAAACAUUUCUCUUUUCAAUGAAAUUGGAGACAAGCUUCUUCAGGGUGACAACAUUGUCUUGAUGUCUAACCACCAGACUGAAGCAGAUCCAGCUGUUAUUGCAUUGCUGCUGGAAUCAACAAAUCCUAAUCUUGCUGAGAACAUGAUCUAUGUGGCUGGGGAUAGAGUUAUUACUGAUCCUCUUUGCAAGCCCUUUAGCAUGGGAAGGAAUCUGUUAUGUGUUUAUUCAAAAAAGCACAUGAAUGAUGAUCCUGAGCUGGUUGAGAUGAAACGUAGAGCAAACACAAAAAGCUUAAAAGAUAUGGCUUUGCUUCUGAGGGGUGGAUCAACAAUAAUCUGGAUUGCACCAAGUGGUGGCAGGGACCGCCCAGACCCUGUUUCAGGAGAGUGGUAUCCAGCACCCUUUGACGUUUCCUCAGUGGACAACAUGAGAAGGCUUGUGGAACAUGCUGGUGUUCCUGGUCACAUAUAUCCCUUGGCAAUAUUAUGUCAUGAUAUCAUGCCCCCUCCACCAAAGGUGGAAAAAGAAAUUGGGGAGAAAAGAAUGAUAUCAUUCCAUGGGGUUGGAUUGUCAGUGGCACCAGAAAUCGGUUUCCAUGCUGCUUCCUUGGAAGACCCUGAAAAGAAUAAGGCAGCUUAUACGCAGGCAUUGUAUGAUUCUGUGAACGAACAGUAUAACGUGCUUAAGUCUGCUAUACAUGGUAAACAAGGUCUAAAUGCAUCAACACCUACUGUCUCAUUGUCCCAGCCAUGGCAAUAGCUAACUCAUAAUCUGUUUGACCUCCAUAUGCUGUAAAAUCAGGCUAAUACAAUUCUUUUGAUGAAACUGUAUAGCUCCUCAACCCGAAGUCUCUUCAUAGUUGUAAGACAGCAGGAUCAACGAGCACAUAUGCUCUGUGCAAUAUAUGCACAAUAGUUUACCACACUCCAGGGCUCGAUUUGGUGCUUCCUAUAGCAGACAGACUUACCUAACACGAACAGAUGCAAGUUGAGCUCUGUAAAGUUUUGUGGUGCCAAAAGGUUCAUAGUUUAGUAGUAGCAGGCAAGUGGGGUUACACGUAUAUUUUACAUAGCUUCAUGAAUGUAUCAAAUUUUGUGAAACUGAAAGAAUUUAUAGGUUCGACAGAAAAAAAAAGAAAGAAUUUAUAGGUUGUAUAUAUAUAUUGUACCUACAAUCCAAAUUUUCUCUUCUUUUCCUGAUUUUCCUUCAA